AUGCACAACGAACUCACCGAAUCACAAAUUAAUUUUUAUCAGGAAAACGGCUUUCUUGUCAUUGAGAACUUUCUUGAUGCUGAGGAAUUGGCGGAGUGGCGACGUUGCACCGAUGAAUCUGUUGAGGAACGACUCGGAAAUUCAGUCAAAUUUAUGACGAACCAGAUGGACGCCAAGCAGUUCUACGCGCGGGUCUUUACACAAUGCCUCCGUUUAUCAGACACACAUACUGGCAUGCAGAAACUGGUGCAUGAUCCGAGACUCGGUAAGAUGGCAACACAGUUAGCCGGUGUCGAUGGCGUGCGAAUUUGGCACGAUCAAGCAUUGAUUAAACCGCCCCACGGCAAUCCGACCGCAUGGCACCUCGAUGUCCCGUACUGGUCUUUUGAUUCACGGGAUGCCCUCUCGUUCUGGGUUGCGCUCGACGAUGCCACACUUGCGAACGGUUGUAUGUGGUACCUCCCCGGCACCCAUAAAGCAGCCCGCUUUGAUAACGUUGGCAUUGGCAUAAACAUCGGUGAACUCUUUAACGUAUACCCAGAAUGGAAACAGAUUGAACCGCAGUGUGCACCGUGUCCUGCAGGUUCUAUCGCGUGGCAUAACGGUCUUGUUGCCCACGGUGCCGGUGCGAAUAUGACGAUCCGCCACCGUAGAGCGAUGACGUGUGGUUUCAUGCCCGAUGGAUGCACUUUCAAUGGGAAGAAGAACAUCUUGCCCGAGGACUAUUUCGAGUCUCUUGAAAUUGGAGAUGUCCUUAAUAACGACAAACAGAAUACGCUCAUUUGGCAUAAAGAUCGGGACGCUUAA